AUGGGCAACAUUCUCUCCCGCACACCUGAGAUCAUCCAUCCCUCCAACGAGGAGAUUUACCAUCUGUGUGGCAUCCAGUUCUUCGGCCUCUCAGGUUUCGACAGGGCGCCCCUCUGCGCGUCUCGCUGGAUCACCGCACGCCCGUGCAAGUUGCAAGACCUCGCUGACUAUCCCUCAGGGCGGAGGCACUGCCCACGGUGCAACAAGGUGUUCCUCAUGAAAGGCACCCCAGCGUGGGAGGACAACAGGGCCCAGAACUACCCCAAGUACGAGGGGCCGUGGUUCGGCACGGAAAAGGACAAGAACGGAGGAAUCGUGGCAGUUAAUUUAGAGGUUUCCAUCCGCUAUAGUUAA